AUGCGAGUUAAUGCAUUAUUAAUUCCAACAUUUGGAAUUGCAGCAGUGUAUGCAGACUGUAGUGUUGACGCUACGAGCUGUAACACUGCCUGUACGAACGCUAAUACUGUAAUUAGCAGCUACUAUUCCGAGGAUGACUAUACUUGCAAGUUAGAAGAUAAAGUUCUUUUAAGUGGCAGUUAUGUAGACAUGGAUGGAACACUUCUUUCUGUUGUCACUGCUUGCCACUAUUGUGUUGAACAUGGAUACGUUGAGGAAUCAAGCUACGAAUAUUACGAAGGUUGGAUAGCAAAAUGUUACGAAGCAAGGUCUAGCUCAAUUCCAAGUAGCAUUAAUACCCAGUGUAUUUGUGACGUUAGUGAUAUUACUGAUGACAAUUGCAGUGAUAUGUGUGGCACUGCUGAAGAUUAUUCAGUAAAUUUAGUAAGUUUGCUUGCUUGUGGAGUUGUCGAUAAUGUUGUUAAAAGAAAUGUGGUUGGCUGUCUAUUAUGUGGUACUGUCUCAAGUUCUGCUAAUACUUAUUGCGAUUCCUUCUUGACUCUACUGGUGUGUCUCAUUGGUGGUGUAGUAGAACUCUUGUCAGGCAUUUUGGAUGUGAUAGGAACUUUGUUAACUACUGUAUUGUCAGUUGUUACAGGGUUGUUGGCGGAAUGCAAUUUUGAUACAGAAAAUUUGUGCACAAUGGAGACAUGUACAUUAGAUGGAUUAGAUACAGACACUUGUAACUCAUAUUGUUCAACUACACAAACAUGGAUAUCAGGAAGUGAAUUAAGUGGUAAAUCGUGCAGCGAUCUAUCAUUGUCAGAGAAACAAGUUAUUGGAGGAUGUUUAAUGUGUGGCUCAAUUAUUGGAUAUGAAACAACAAACGACAUCCAAACAGACGUGAGUGGAUUUUUGAGUACGUCUUGUAUUGAGGAAUUGCAAAAUGCUGUGUGUAAUGGAGAUUAUGUUGAAUCUUUAUCUGAAUCGUCCGAGGAAGCAGUGGCAGAUGCAUCAUCUUCAUCUGAAGCUGCUGCUGAUGAAGCUUCUUCCUCAUCUGAGGACGCUGCUGAUGAUGCUUCUUCUUCAUCUGAAGCUGCUGCUGAUGAAGCUUCUUCUUCUUCUGAAGACGCAGCUGAUGACAAAGCUUCAUCGUCAUCUGAAGCUGCUGCUGACAACGCAUCUUCUUCUUCCGAGGAUGCUGCUGAUGAUGCAUCUUCUUCAUCUGAAGCUGCUGCUGAUGAAGCUUCUUCCUCAUCUGAGGACGCUGCUGAUGAUGCAUCUUCUUCAUCUGAAGCUGCUGCUGAUGAAGCUUCUUCCUCAUCUGAGGACGCUGCUGAUGAUGCAUCUUCUUCAUCUGAAGCUGCUGCUGAUGAAGCUUCUUCCUCAUCUGAGGACGCUGCUGCUGAUGCUUCUUCUUCAUCUGAAGCUGCAGCUGACAACGCAUCUUCUUCUUCCGAGGAUGCUGCUGAUGAUGCAUCUUCUUCAUCUGAAGCUGCUGCUGAUGAAGCUUCUUCCUCAUCUGAGGAUGCUGCUGAUGAUGCUUCUUCUUCGUCUGAAGCUGCUGCUGACAACGCAUCUUCUUCUUCCGAGGACGCCGCUGAUGAUGCUUCUUCUUCAUCUGAAGCUGCUGCUGAUGAAGCUUCUUCUUCUUCUGAAGACGCAGCUGAUGACAAAGCUUCAUCGUCAUCUGAAGCUGCUGCUGAUGAAGCUUCUUCUUCUUCCGAGGAUGCUGCUGAUGAUGCUUCUUCUUCAUCUGAAGCUGCUGCUGACAACGCAUCUUCUUCCUCUGAGGACGCUGCUGAUGAUGCUUCUUCUUCAUCUGAAGCUGCUGCUGACAACGCAUCUUCUUCUUCCGAGGAUGCUGCUGAUGAUGCUUCUUCUUCAUCUGAAGCUGCUGCUGAUGAAGCUUCUUCUUCUUCUGAAGACGCAGCUGAUGACAAAGCUUCAUCGUCAUCUGAAGCUGCUGCUGAUGAAGCUUCUUCUUCUUCCGAGGAUGCUGCUGAUGAUGCUUCUUCUUCAUCUGAAGCUGCUGCUGACAACGCAUCUUCUUCCUCUGAGGACGCUGCUGAUGAUGCUUCUUCUUCAUCUGAAGCUGCAGCUGAUGAAGCUUCUUCUUCUUCCGAGGAUGCUGCUGAUGAUGCAUCUUCUUCAUCUGAAGCUGCUGCUGAUGAAGCUUCUUCCUCAUCUGAGGACGCCGCUGAUGAAGCUUCUUCUUCAUCUGAAGCUGCUGCUGAUGAAGCUUCUUCUUCUUCUGAAGACGCAGCUGAUGACAAAGCUUCAUCGUCAUCUGAAGCUGCAGCUGAUGAAGCUUCUUCUUCUUCCGAGGACGCCGCUGAUGAUGCUUCUUCUUCAUCUGAAGCUGCUGCUGACAACGCAUCUUCUUCCUCUGAGGACGCUGCUGAUGAUGCUUCUUCUUCAUCUGAAGCUGCAGCUGAUGAAGCUUCUUCUUCUUCCGAGGAUGCUGCUGAUGAUGCAUCUUCUUCAUCUGAAGCUGCUGCUGAUGAAGCUUCUUCCUCAUCUGAGGACGCUGCUGAUGAUGCUUCUUCUUCAUCUGAAGCUGCUGCUGAUGAAGCUUCUUCUUCUUCUGAAGACGCAGCUGAUGACAAAGCUUCAUCGUCAUCUGAAGCUGCUGCUGACAACGCAUCUUCUUCUUCCGAGGAUGCUGCUGAUGAUGCAUCUUCUUCAUCUGAAGCUGCUGCUGACAACGCAUCUUCUUCCUCUGAGGACGCUGCUGAUGAUGCUUCUUCUUCAUCUGAAGCUGCUGCUGAUGAAGCUUCUUCCUCAUCUGAGGAUGCUGCUGAUGAUGCUUCUUCUUCUUCUGAAGACGCAGCUGAUGACAAAGCUUCAUCGUCAUCUGAAGCUGCUGCUGAUGAAGCUUCUUCCUCAUCUGAAGCUGCUGCUGACAACGCAUCUUCUUCUUCCGAGGAUGCUGCUGACGAUGCUUCUUCUUCAUCUGAAGCUGCUGCUGAUGAAGCUUCUUCUUCUUCUGAAGACGCAGCUGAUGACAAAGCUUCAUCGUCAUCUGAAGCUGCUGCUGAUGAAGCUUCUUCCUCAUCUGAGGAUGCUGCUGACGAUGCUUCUUCUUCAUCUGAAGCUGCUGCUGAUGAAGCUUCUUCCUCAUCUGAGGAUGCUGCUGAUGAUGCUUCUUCUUCGUCUGAAGCUGCUGCUGACAACGCAUCUUCUUCUUCCGAGGAUGCUGCUGACGAUGCUUCUUCUUCAUCUGAAGCUGCUGCUGAUGAAGCUUCUUCUUCUUCUGAAGACGCAGCUGAUGACAAAGCUUCAUCGUCAUCUGAAGCUGCUGCUGAUGAAGCUUCUUCCUCAUCUGAAGCUGCUGCUGACAACGCAUCUUCUUCUUCCGAGGACGCCGCUGAUGAUGCUUCUUCUUCAUCUGAAGCUGCUGCUGAUGAAGCUUCUUCUUCUUCUGAAGACGCAGCUGAUGACAAAGCUUCAUCGUCAUCUGAAGCUGCUGCUGAUGAAGCUUCUUCCUCAUCUGAAGCUGCUGCUGACAACGCAUCUUCUUCUUCCGAGGACGCCGCUGAUGAUGCUUCUUCUUCAUCUGAAGCUGCUGCUGAUGAAGCUUCUUUUUCUUCUGAAGACGCAGCUGAUGACAAAGCUUCAUCGUCAUCUGAAGCUGCUGCUGAUGAAGCUUCUUCUUCUUCCGAGGACGCCGCUGAUGAUGCUUCUUCUUCAUCUGAAGCUGCUGCUGAUGAAGCUUCUUCUUCUUCCGAGGACGCAGCUGAUGACAAAGCUUCAUUGUCAUCUGAAGCUGCCGCUGACAACGCAUCUUCUUCCUCCGAGGACGCCGCUGAUGAUGCUUCUUCUUCAUCUGAAGCUGCCGCUGACAACGCAUCUUCUUCCUCCGAGGAUGCUGCUGAUGAUGCUUCUUCUUCAUCUGAAGCUGCUGCUGAAGAUGCUUUUGAUGACGAGGCUUCUUCUUCAUCUGAAGCUGCUGCCGAUGAUGCUUCUUCCUCGGAGGCUGCUGCUGAAGAUGCUUUUGAUGACGAGGCUUCUUCUUCAUCUGAAGCUGCUGCCGAUGAUGCUUCUUCCUCGGAGGCUGCUGCUGAAGAUGCUUUUGAUGACGAGGCUUCUUCUUCAUCUGAAGCUGCUGCCGAUAAUGCUUCUUCUUCAUCUGAGGAUGCUGCCGAUGAUGCUUCUUCCUCGGAGGCUGCUGCUGAAGAUGCUUUUGAUGACGAGGCUUCUUCUUCUUCUGAAGCUGCUGCUGAUGAAGUUCCAUUUUCUUCUGAAUCCAAUUUUGAAUCCUCUUCAACUUCUGAAUUAACUUUUGUUUCUGAGUCCCAUUUUGCUUCUGAAUUUGUUUCUGAAUCUGAAUCUGUUUCUAAGUCUUUUGAGAGUUCUUCACUUUUGACUUCAACUUUUCCUUUUACUUCAUCAACAAAACCUUCUUGGAAUUCUACGUUUACAACUUCAGUUUCUGCUUCUAGUACUUCUAGUGUUGGUUCUCAUUCAUCUGAUUCUAUCAUUACAUCUUCUGCCACAUCCACAUCUUUUACAAGGUACACUACUGUCAUUGGAUCUCAAACUCUCACUGUCACUAUUCCUUGUAAUGAUUGCAGUGCUAUUACUUCAACUAGUCUAUCCUCUAAGCCCGGUACUUAUAGCACUGUUAUUGGUGAAGAGACUAACAGCCUCACAGAGCCUUGUGAUACAUGUACCAUUACUAAAUCCACCGACUCCACUAUCACUUCAACAGGCUCUCACACUGAACUCACUACUUAUACUACUGUCAUUGGUUCUCAGACUCUCACUGCUACUAUUCCUUGUGAUGAUUGUGCCGCUACUACUUCGUCAAGUUUUUACUCUAAAUACACAACAUAUACCACUGUUAAUGGUAAUGAGGACACCACGGUCACUGAGCCCAGCAAUUAUAUUACAUCGCAACUUGGCACAGUUACUUCUUCGAUUGUCCCAGGUUUUACAACUACCAAUGUUGGCACUACCUUUACCGUUACUGAAUCUUCUCAGACUCAGGUUGUUUUAGGUUCAGAGUCUUCUUUGUUUACCAUUCGGACAAAUAGUGUUCCAACCAAAGUCACUACUUCUUCAGGUUCCGAAACUGCUAUCAAUAUUCAUGAACAAUCAACAGAAAUUAAAAUUCCAUCUGAAACGGCCUUGUCUUCCCAUGAGUCUUCAUCUUUUAUAACAUUUUCUUCAGUUAAUGGAAAGACUACAGUUGUUACUGUUUCACAGGAAUCCUCUUCUGUUAUUUCAUCCGCUGCUUCAGUUUCUAGCAUCUCUGUUAAUUUUGAUGUUGACUCAGUUUCGAGUUUUUACACUAGUGCAGUUUCUGACAUUGUUUCAAACUCAGCAUCUUCACUUUUUGUUUCAGCUAUUAGUCAAAGUGAACAAUCAUUUAUUAAUACUAAGUCUUACCACUCCAAUGUUGUACCAUUAACUUCUUCAAUAGCUGAAGCUCAACCAAGCAGCAGUUCUUUUGUUGCAACUAAUAACCUUAUUUCUGAAACUUCUUCAUUUACUCAUCAAUCAGAGACUGAGUCACCUUCUGUACAGAAAUCAACAUCUGUUUCUUCUCAGACUGGUGCUGGCGCUGGUUCUGAAAGUUUGUUUCCUUUUGAGACUUUUACACCUAAAAAGUCAUCUUCAUCUGGCCUUGAUGCCUCCUCGUCCCCAAGUUUUCAAGUUUCUUCAUCUGUUGCAUCAUCUCUUUAUAUCUCAGGUAGUUCUUUAUUGCCUGAAUCUUCGGAGAUGUCAUCUUUCAAAUCUAAGGUGUUAUCGUCGUCUCAAACCACCUAUAAUACUAUUGUAAAUGAAGCUUUCACUCCUUCAUUUACUAAUGGUUUUGUUGAAAGUUACACUACAACUGAGUCGGUUAGUUUCUCUUCUUUUACUUCGGAAUCUCAGCCCCCAGUUGCUUUGGUAAGCACUCAAAACACACUUCCUCUCGUUUCUUCCUCCCUGCCGUCUCAAUACCAGCCUAGUUCUAGCUCAAGUGCAAUUGAACAGGUUAAUUCGGCCCAUACAGUUAUCAUGCCCAAGCAUGGUAUUUUGGUUCUUUUUGCAAUUUUUCUCUUUUUAAUGAUGUGA